GAGUCGAUAAAAAACAAAAAACUGCGUAAUUUUCUUCCGCCGCGUCCAGCAUGGCAGCCGCGGCGCCCUCGUCGGCGCGGCGAAUGUCGCACACGCAGUUCAUCGAGCUCCUCCGCCGGCGCGCCUCCUGCCCUCGCCACGGCGAGGCCCUCCACGCCUGGGCGCUCAAGUCCGGCGCCGCCUCCCACGCGCCCGUCGCCAACUCCCUCAUCAACUUCUACUCCUCGCUCCCCCGGCCCCUCCUCGCCGCCGCCUUCGCGGUGUUCGACGAUAUCCCUCCCGCCGCCCGCGACGUCACCUCCUGGAACUCCCUCCUCAACCCGCUCUCCGGCCACCGCCCGCUCGACGCGCUCUCCCGCUUCCGCUCCAUGCUCUCCUCCUCCACCGUCCUUCCGUCGCCCCAUUCCUUCGCUGCCGCCUUCACCGCCGCCGCCCGUGCGGCCUCCGCGCCCGCCGGCACCGCGGCCCACGCUCUCGCUUGCAAGAUCCCCUCUGCCGUAUCCAAUGUGUACGUGUGCACCAGCCUGCUCAACAUGUACUGUAAGCUGGGCAUUGUUUCUGAUGCUCGCAGAGUGUUCGACGGAAUGCCUCAGCGCAACUCAUUUUCCUGGUCCACCAUGGUGGCAGGUUAUGCUGCAGAGAAAUGCUCCGAGGAGGCAUUCGAUCUCUUCCGACUAAUGCUCGAAGAGUGCCCUUCUGAGAAAAGCGAGUUUGUUGCCACAGCAGUUCUCAGCGCAGUUAGUGUGCCAUUGGGUUUGCUGAUGGGGGAGCAGAUGCAUGGACUGAUUGUGAAGGAUGGGUUGCUGGAUUUUGUAUCUGUGGAAAACUCGCUUGUCACGAUGUAUGCGAAGGCUGGGUGUAUGGGUGCUGCGUUUCAUGUGUUUGAGUCAUCGAGGGAGAGGAAUUCGAUCACUUGGUCGGCGAUGAUUACUGGGUAUGCACAAAAUGGUGAGGCAGACAGUGCAGUUAGUAUGUUCUCACAGAUGCAUGCUGCUGGGUUCACACCAACAGAGUUCACUUUUGUUGGGGUUCUCAAUGCAAGUAGUGAUUUGGGAGCAUUGGCAGUAGGGAAGCAAGCCCACGGUUUGAUGGUGAAGCUUGGGUUUGAGGUUCAGAUAUAUGUGAAGAGUGCACUGGUGGACAUGUAUGCAAAAUGUGGUUGUAUUGCUGACGCAAAAGAAGGGUUUGAUCAGUUGUACGAGGUUGACAUUGUCCUUUGGACAGCGAUGGUUUCUGGGCAUGUGCAGAAUGGGGAGCACGAGGAAGCCCUGACAUUGUAUGCCAGGAUGGACAAGGAAGGUAUCAUCCCCAGUAAAUCGACUAUAGCUAGUGGUCUGAGAGCAUGUGCUGGCAUUGCAGCACUGGAACCAGGGAAACAAUUGCACACGCAAAUCGUGAAAUAUGGGUUAGGUUUGGGGGCCCCUGUUGGAAGUGCCUUGUCUACGAUGUAUUCAAAGUGUGGGAACCUUGAAGAUGGCAUGUCUGUCUUCAGAAGGAUUCCUGAUAGGGAUGUUAUUGCAUGGAACUCAAUCAUUUCUGGUUUUUCACAAAAUGGGUGUGGCAAUGGUGCACUGGAUCUUUUUGAAGAAAUGAAGAUGGAGGGCACUAUACCUGAUAAUAUAACAUUCAUUAAUAUAUUGUGUGCUUGCAGUCAUAUGGGUCUAGUUGACAGAGGAUGGGAAUAUUUUAGUUUAAUGACAAAAGAUUAUGGUUUAACUCCUAGGCUGGAUCACUAUGCUUGCAUGGUUGAUAUUCUUAGCCGAGCAGGGAUGCUUAAGGAAGCAAAGGAUUUCAUAGAGUCCAUUACUAUUGACCACGGAACAUGUUUGUGGCGUAUAGUACUAGGAGCAUGUCGCUCUUUGCGAGAUUUUGAUGUCGGAGCAUAUGCUGGUGAACGGUUGAUGGAGUUAGGUACCGGAGAUUCCUCAGCAUAUAUAUUGCUGUCAAACAUCUAUGCUUCCCAGAGAAAAUGGAAUGAUGUUGAAAGGGUGAGGCAUUUGAUGAGACUUCGAGGAGUUAACAAAGAUCCUGGAUGUAGCUGGGUUGAGCUUAACAGCCGAGUUCAUGUGUUUGUAGUUGGCGAACAGCAGCAUCCUGAAGCAGAAAAUAUAAAUGCACAGCUGAGAAGGCUAGCUAAACACAUGAAGGAUGAAGGUUACCACUCAUCAUCUAAGUUAUCGUUUGAUGAAGAGCUGGGUCCAUUGGCAGAAUCUCAUGAAGAAGAUCAACUGGAAUGGAUAUCUGCAGCUUAUAGCUGACUUUGUAAAGGAUAUGAAAAGCCCAAGAAUCAGCAAAACUUAUAAAGACAGCUUAAUUCGGCAGCCAUCUCUACAUGUUUGACAAGUUCUUCAUAUGUGCCCAAACUACCAAACUCUGGUGUGUACACCAGGAAUGAAGAAUGAUGGCGACUUUUUGAUUAGCUGAAUGGGAAGGCUAACCAUAUGCCUUGUAACACCUAAGGAACUUGUUGAGCAACUUGAACACAACUUCGCUAUGUGGUUACCACUACUAUUUCCAUAGUGGUUGGAAACUUGAAAUCCAUAUGAGUCAUGUGUUGAAACCAAGAUGAUACCAGCAUAAUGACUUCCAAUGGUCACGCUGCAGAGCUGCAUCACAAAAUUACAGCGAGACAUUGGAUGAUGUCCCACAAAAUUGCACCUGAAAAAUGGGAAGGUCUUACUGCAGAUCGUGAUGCUUUACUUCGGAGUUCAAUUUUCCUCAGUGAAAAUAGGUGGCUUUGUAGGCUAUAUUUUGGUGAAGCAGGACCAUAAUGUAAAUAGCAAUUCAGUGGCAGUUAUAGACAAAAAUCUGCAAGUGGAAAAUUGACCUGGUACCUUGGGCCAGACACUAGGCAGUAGGUGUCAUACCAAGGAAAAUUUCUGUUUUACCAGUUCCUAGUUAUAUCGUGUCCAGUCAGCAUAUUGUCAGCUUUUGUCAGCUUUCACAAGUGAGGAAUAUAUGACACAUAAUUAGUAUGGUGCCACUGAAACAUUUUAGCAAAUAACACUAUGCCAGCCUGCUCUAUAGAUACUACAGGUAGUACCAGAGAUAUCUGUUUGAUGCUUUUGUCAUUGGUCAUCGCCACUGUACCAUCAAUCUGAUCUGUCAUAUUCUACAGAAGGGGGCAGUCUGAUUGGCCAAUGCACACUGCAUUAUUCUUUUCAAGAGACUACGUCCAUGCAUAUCUAUUCAUGGGUGCCUCAAGAACAAUCUAUUCCCACCCCAUCUACUCUUAUUGCUAACUGUCAAGCAUGCGGGCUGCCUGUACCUGAGAGGAUGUGCUGGGUUUUUGUUUCGGUUUGUUUCAGAGGGAAGCUAAUCUGUCAGUUGUUUGUGGCCCAGUGCCGGAUGAGCAUUGACGUGCCUUGAAGCAUGAGUUCGCUCUGAGAUGACUGUAGUGCUAUUUCAUGAAUAAAGCUCCUGCUUACCGGUUUUGGGAAGAAAAAGGGUGCUGAGGCAUACUGGUUCCAUGGUUUGAACUGAUUUCUGAAAAUUCAACCCGUACACUAAAUCUCACUGGAAGGGCCAUUGGGGGUGCAUGACUUGCUAAUGCUAGCAUGCCGCACAGUAUGGAGAAAUCUUGGUGGAGAGGACCACGGCCAGGUCUCUCUGUGUGACGUGGUGAAUUGCUAGAGAAUAAUGAGGUCAAAAGUAGCACAUGAAACUAUGAAGUGAAUGUUAACAGAUAGCGAAAAGAUCAACCAAAGUAAGGUAACUCGUUGAAUGGUUCAAUCUUAUAGCCAUUUGGAGUUAAAGGUUUCAACUGGUCCAAUUCAAACUUCAAAACUUUGUUCAAAUCAGUAUCAUGUACUUGAGUUCUGCACCAGCUGAUAGGCCUCCGAUGUGGUUUUCCUAACAAUGAACUACAACAGUGGGAAAACACAGACAAGAAUCAGAUUGAAGUGAACCUCAGACUGUUCGUUGUUUGGAUCUCACUGCAUCGCGUAUUCCCUUGCCAUGUUGAAUGAAUUCCAGUCAAGAAUCUGCUCUACCACGGUGCUACCUGCUAUGAGCUACUGAUCUAUAGGGAGGCUGGUUUGGAAAGAAACAAAUAAUUAAGUUGAAGCUGGCAGAGGUUCAAGGAAGGCAAAUCAGAAGGUUACUACUGUUCGUGAUAGAUCCACCACCCAAAAGUCGAGUGGCACCCAAAUCUGGCGCAGAGGACAACGAUGGAUAGAUUGGCCGCUCAGAGUUCUCUAAAAAAAAAAAAAAGGUUCCACCGCUCAGCAAUGGAGGGCACUAGGAGUAAUUGAGAAAUGACAUAGAUGCAAAAAUACUACAGUACUUAUCUGUAAUGUGUAUGCAGGAGACUGAACGAGUAUCAGUAAUUCAGUAUCGAAAGUUGUCAGCUGAUGGAAAUAGUGAUUACUCCGUAAUAAACAUUAUUCACGCU